CGCGGAAGAGGAGGACGAGGUUUAUCAUUAUCAUGUGAAUAUUUUACCGAUAAAAGUGUGUGUGGACAACGCGCAUCUAUCAAAUCCCAGAAAGAAGAGGAGUCCUGGUCCUGAAGUGGACCCACCAUCCUGUUCUUUGUGUCUGAAGGUCCUAACUGAUCCAGGCUGGAUCAGCUGUGGACACUGGCUCUACAGAGAGUCCAUCACUUCAUACUGGGACCAGUCUGGUCCAUAAGGAGACUCCUCCUGUCCCCAGUGUGGAAAAAUGUCCAGAACUGGAACUGGACUGCAGAUGGACAGAACUGUACAAGAUGAACAUAAGCUCAGUCUGAGGAGCAGAUGUGAAUGUGUGACUGAAGGAACUGAUGGAGCAGGAAGUAGAACCCACCUAAACCAGAUUUACACUGAGCUCUACAUCACAGAGGGACAGAGUGAAGACUUUAACACCCAACAUGAGGUGAGGACGCUGGAGACAGUUUACAACAAGAAGAUCAUCUAUGACAAACCCAUCAAAUGUCAGGACAUCUUCAAAGCCGACCAGCAGAACCCCAUCAGGGUGGUUCUGACCAACGGCGUCGCUGGAGUUGGAAAAACCGUGUCGGUGCUAAAGUUCACUCUGGACUGGGCAGAGGGUUUAGAAAACCAGGAUGUCAGUCUGGUGGUUCUGCUGUCGUUCAGAGAGCUGAACCUGAUCAGAGAUGAGCAGUACAGUCUGCUGACGCUGCUCCAUGAUUUCCAUCCAACAUUACAGAAGGUCACAGCAGAGCAGAUCAACAACUGGAAACUUCUGUUCAUCUUCGACGGCCUGGAUGAAAGCAGACUUUCACUGGAUUUCCGCGACUGUGAGGUUGUUUCAGACGUCACACAGAAGAAACCAGUUAACGUCCUGUUGACCAACCUCAUCAAGGGGAACCUGCUUCCAUCAGCUCUCAUCUGGAUAACUUCUAGACCUGCAGCAGCCAAUCAGAUCCCUCCUUCAUGUGUCGACAGGGUAACAGAAGUCCGAGGAUUCACCACUGAUGACCAGAAGGAGGAGUACUUCAAGAAGAGAUCCACUGAUGAAGAUCUGUCCAACAAAAUGAUCUCACACAUUAAGAAAUCCAGGAGCCUCUACAUCAUGUGUCAAAUCCCAGUCUUCUGCUGGAUCAGUUCUAUGGUAUUGGAGCACAUGUUGACUUCAGACCAGAGAGGAGAUCUGCCCAAGACCCUGACAGACCUGUACUCACACUUCAUCAUGGUCCAGACAAAGAGGAAGAAGAAUAAGUAUGAAAAAGGAGGUGAGAUGGAGCUGACAGAGGCUUACCAGGAAGUUCUUCUAAAGUUGGGUAGAUUGGCAUUUGAACAACUGGAAAAAGGAAACAUCAUAUUCUACCAAGAAGACCUGGAGCGGUGUGGUCUGGACGUCACAGAGGCCUUGGUUUACUCAGGAGUUUGUACAGAGAUCUUCAGAACAGAGAGAGUGAUCUUCAAGAAAACAGUCUACACCUUUGUUCAUCUGAGUGUUCAGGAGUUUCUGGCUGCAGUCUACAUCUACCACUGUUACACCAACAACAACACAGUGGUACUGGAGGAGUUUCUAGAAGACUGGGAGGAGGAGGAGGAGGAGGAAGAUGUAUACCUUGUUUCUAUGGAUGAGGAGGAAGAAGACCUGGGGCAUGAUUUAGCGCUGGAUGUCUUCCUCAGGAAAGCCAUGGAAAAAUCCCUCAAAAGUGAAAAUGGUCACCUGGACCUGUUCAUUCGUUUCCUUCAUGGUCUUUGUCUGGAGUCCAACCAGAGAGUUUUAGGAGAUCUGCUGGGUCCAACAGAGAUCAGUCCAGAAACAAUACAGAUAGUCAUCAACAACCUGAAGGAGAUGAACACACAGAGUAUCUCUCCUGACAGAAGCAUCAACAUCUUUCACUGUCUGACGGAGAUGAACGACCAAACGAUCCAUCAGGAGGUCCAAGAGUUCCUGAAGUCAGAGAACAGAUCAGAGAAGGAACUCUCUGAGAUUCAGUGUUCAGCUCUGGCCUACAUGCUGCAGAUGUCUGAGGAGGUUCUGGAUGAGGUGGACCUGAAGAAGUACAACACAUCAGAAGAGGGACGACGUAGACUGAUUCCAGCUGUGAGGAACUGCAGAAAGGCUGAUCUCUCAGGGAGUCGGCCCUCAGAAACUCACUUUGAAGUCGUGGCCUCAGCUCUGAAGUCCAGUCCUUCUCAUCUCACAGAACUGGACCUGAGUUCUAACCCCAUGGAGGCUUCAGCUGUGGAGGUUCUAUGUUCUGGCCUGGAGAGUCCAAACUGCAGACUGGAGACUCUGAGAUUGAGGUUCUGCCGUUUGUCAGAUGUCAGCUGUUCUUCUCUGGCCUUAGCUCUGAAGUCCAAUCCAUCACAUCUGACGGAACUUGAUCUGAGUUGGAACGACCUGGAAGAUUCAGGAGUGAAUCUGUUGUGUUCUUUUCUUCAGAGUCCAGACUGUAAACUACAGAUUCUGAGACUGAAGGGCUGUCGUUUGUCAGAUGUCAGCUGUUCUUCUCUGGCCUCAGCUCUGAAGUCCAAUCCAUCACAUCUGACGGAACUUGAUCUGAGCAGCAAUGACCUGAAGGAUUCAGGAGUGAAUCUGUUGUGUUCUUUUAUUCAGAGUCCAGACUGUAAACUACAGAUUCUGAGAUUGAGGUUCUGCCGUUUGUCAGAUGUCAACUGUUCUUCUCUGGCCUCAGCUCUGAAGUCCAAUCCAUCACAUCUGACAGAACUUGAUCUGAGUGGAAAUGACCUGAUGGAUUCAGGAGUGAAUCUGUUGUGUGCUGUUAUUCAGAGUCCAGACUGUAAACUACAGAUUCUGAGAUUGAAGCGCUGCCGUUUGUCAAAUGCCAGCUGUUCUUCUCUGGCCUCAGCUCUGAAGUCCAAUCCAUCCCAUCUGACUGAACUUGAUCUGAGUGAAAACUACCUGGAGGAUUCAGGAGUGAAUCUGUUACAGGAUUUACUGCAGAGUCCAGACUGUAAACUACAGACACUACGGACAUUGUCUGGGACAUUCACUGGAAUCCCAUUGCGCCAUCGAGUAGAGACAGAGGAGGACACAUCAGAGUCUGGCUGUGGGGUCAAAGGUCGUCCUCGAGACUCUGACAGUGAACCUGGACCCUCAGAUAAACGAACUGGAGCUGACAGGCAUGAACCAUCAGACUCAGACCUGAAGAAGGUUAAGGUCAGUGGAGAGGACUGUGUGGACCGAAACCCUCACAUGAAGCCUGAAGAUGCAGAGAAGCAGCAGCUUGUCUGCACAGAGGUUCAGGCUGGACCAUCCAACUGGGAGGAGUUCACACCUGAAGUAUCAGCUGAGUCUGGACUCACUUCAUACAGGUUCACGUGUCCUCAUUCAGGUGCCUUCCAUUGUACUUGGACUGGAUUGGUGUUCGUUGUGACUCGGGAGGUGGGGCUGAUGUACAGAACCGUCCAAUGGGAUGAACCCCUCCUUCAGUCAGCUGGCAGGAUGCCUGCAGGGCCACUGUUCAGUAUCGAGAGUCCUGAGAAUGCCGUUUGUCAGCUCCACCUCCCACACUGUGAGACAAACCCUGAUCAAUGCUCUAAAAGCCUGCUGUCUGUCGUCCACAUCACUGAUGAUGGAAUGAAGUUCAUUGAGCCUCAGAAGAUCACAGACACUCAUGUGGUCAUUGACGUCCCACAUUUGUCUCUGUUUGGUCUCGUCUGGGUUUUGGAGAGGAUUCAAGACAUAAUCUCUGUUGGCGGUCAGAUGGUAGAAUCGAUCAGUCAAUACAUCAGAUCAGUCAGUGGGCAAGUUCUGCUGUUCCUCAAACCACCAAACCCAGAAACACAAAGAAAAAAACUAGACGUAUUACUACUGCCAUUCAACGUCAGUAUAAAUCAGGUUCAACAACAACGGCACAACACCUUGUACAUUGAUGUAACGUCCAAAUGUGAACUCAUCACAAAACACAAAUACAGGGUUGACUGUCCUGAAGCAAGUCUGAUACAGCCUGAGGAAGAAAAGUUUGACCUGAACUUUGGACCAAAUUAUCACCCAAUGUUUGAGAUUCGCCUGCCAACAAACACAAAAGAAGUGACUUUAACUAUCCGAGACCAAGGGAACACAAAGGUCUGGGAACGUCAAGUGGACCUGACUGAUCAUGCUGUGAGUGAAGACCGUCAACCGAGGUCUCAGCAGGACAUCUCUCUGGAGGACAAGUUGUUUUCAGUUCGACCAGAGUUCAGCGGUCGCGUGUCGGGGGCGGUUCUGAACCAGCUGCUGGACAGACUUUUACAACGGAGGUUUAUAAACGACGAAGAAAGUGAAGAAGCUAAAAUGAAAGGCCGAUCCGACAGAGCUAGAUAUGUGAUCGACCUGGUCCGACACAAAGGACCAGGAGCCUGUUCAUGUUUGAUAGAAAACAUCUGUGAGCUGGACCCACACCUUUCACAAACACUGAACCUGAGCCAUCCUGACCGGCUUUGACUGGGUUUGACCCCCUUUGUUCAGAACAUCACGGCAUUUUCCUCUGUCGUCCUGUUUUGUCCAAAUGUUCCAUAUGUAGAAAAGAAGACUUGACUAAAGAUAGAAGGGAUUUUUAUGUCUUUUUUUAUUAUUUUUUUAAAGGAUGAACUGAAGUCCAAAACAAAUCUUUAGAAAUGAAUCUCUGAGUGACAUUAACCUACCAAAGGAGUCACAUUAGGACUUUAUUAUGCUUAUGUUUUCUCGAUAUUUUGUUAACUUUGUUGAAAGUUUCAUUUUUCUUCAUGUUUUUGACUUGAUGUUUAUUCCAGUCUGUAUUUUCAGGACAUGGUGGAUAAAGUACCACAUCGUUUGAAGUCGAGGCUGUGUGUUGCAGAACCCACACUUCCGUUCACCCUCCAUUUAUUGUCUAUUUAUAAUUUAUAAUAUAAUUUAUAAUUUGUUUGUUUAUUUAUGGUCAUUGGAAUAAUCUGUGUCCAUCUGAAUUCACUCUGGAUAAUAAUCCUGGACCUCGACCAAUAGAUUUACAGAAUGCAAUCAAAGUAAUUCAGCAGAAACGACUGAGUCUGAUCUGAAUACAUUGUUCUGAACUUUGAGGUGGAAGCACAAACCACAUAGAUUAACAUGAAUUCUUUUACCAGGGUAAUAAAUUCCUGGGAAUGUUGGUGGAAAAGGGUAUAUAAUAUGUAAAUGUAAGUCUGUGUCUCAAUCGCUGGAUUUCCAUUACCCUCAGAAAUGUGCAAAAUGUAAAUUUCACAAUAGAAAACUUGCAGUUGAAACACCAAAAUGAAAUGCAAAAAAGUUUAUAUGCACUCAUGAGGCUGUUUUUGAGAUGUUUUGGUAUAGAAAUAUCAUGCAAAAGUGUAAUGGAAACACAUUUUGCGCAUUUUACUAGAAUUGUGUAUCAGAAGCCAAACACUCUUCAAUGGAAACGUCUACAAAUAGCACUUUGUCGAAAGUGUGGAAAUAUCGCUUUUAUUUUGCAGAAAACUGUCAUGGAAACCCAGCUAGAAGUAUUGUGUCCUCCACAAACAUAAUCUUUGUGCCUUGUUGGGAUCUGGUCUGUCUAGUCUGAGUCCAGGUACUGACUCUUAGUCCAGAUGACCUCUUCCUGUCCCGGACUAAAGUGACUCUGAUAGUUGUUAUGAAGACAUCACCCUGUUGGAGAAAGUCUGCGAUUUUUAAAUGUGUGUUAUAUUUUUAAUGAUCUGACUACAUGAGUUUUAUUUUGUUAAAUGUGUCAAUGGAAGAUUUUUGCAGCCUCAGAAUCAAGUGUGUGUGUGUGUGUGCAUAUAUAUGUAUGUAUAUAUAUAUAUAUUUUUUUUUUUUUACAAUUUUGACAAUAGAGAUUUAUUUUUGGUAUUACAUUUGUAUUUUUAGAGGUAAAGCGAAAUCAUAUCAAUACAAUACAGAUGCAGUCUUACUGAAAGCCUUCUACUCUCUCUGAUUCCUGAACUGCUGAUUUGAUAGAAUGGUUUUACCCUGACUGUCGCCGCCACUGGGUCUCCUUGGUGUUUUGGUGAUAACUUGGACAGAUUUGGUUGGAUUUCUUCUCCCUUGAUAACCAACAUGGGGGACCCCUAGUGGCAGAACCCCAUGGAUUUCAGCUUAUCUGUGAGUAUUAUAAGUCAUCCACAUUGAGGUGCUUUAGUUGAAAAUCAGUUUUUUGGACAUAAUCAAGCAAUAAUAGGCCGAUUGUGAUCAAAUUUGGUUCAUAUUGAUUGUCUUCCAAAUGUCUGUUUUCUGGCUACCAUCCAGAGUUCAUAUGGGGUCAUUUUCAUUCACUAGGUGGAGUUUUGUGGUAAAACUGAUUCUCUGACCAUUACUUUGCCACUUAUUAGGUUGAUAUAGCUCAAACUGAGUUCAUAUCGAUUGUCUAACAGUUGUCUUUCUUCAUGACACUACCUUGAGUUUACAUGUCAUAUUUUGACACCAUUUUUCCAAAUGUUUGGGGGAGCUUCUGUUGAAAAAUCAGUUUUUUUGACAUUAUUAAGGAAAUAAUCAGACAGUCAAGCUCAAACUUGGUUUAUAUUGAUCGUCCAACAAAUAUCUAAUAUCUUUUCUAACAUUAUUCGAGCUAUAGGAUAUCUUUGGUGUGAAGGUGAUAACUGUCCCCCCUUUAGCACCAACAUCAGUGACCCCGAGGGUAUUUGCAGAUUCUCUCAAAUUAAAGUUGAAUUUAAUACAAAAUAAAACCAAUGUCAUAAUUUGCUUCAAGAAAAACAUAUUUUGUGAAAGUGAAGAAAUAAAUUCUUCAUCUUGGCCUUGUUCUAUGUCUUUCUUUGACAGAUUUUUAAAAUGUACCUGUAGAAAUGACACAAAUACGCUCUGCACGCGUUCAUCUUGUUCCUAUUGUAAGCGGCUGUUUCAGUGCCAGUUGUACUGCGCAUGUUUUAGUCAUUCUGACCCCUGUUGUUAACGCUCUCGUGGGGUUG